ACAGCAUAGGAAACCAGCAAGUACGGCCAACCGCUAACCGCCUUAACCGCAAGCAGCCCGACCACCAUGAACCCGGACAACUGCGCCCUGGCGGCCCAGGGGCUUGUGUCGCUGUCGUACAUCCGGCAGGGCGAGCAGGGCCUGGCGCGGCGGCAGCGCCUGGUCAAGAGCCUGCUCAGCAGCAGGCGGCUGCCGGAGGCCGGGUGGGAUGAGGCCACCAUUGAGAUGUUCAUUCGGGACUGCUCCGCCAUGGACUCCAACAACUUUCUGGACAACGUGGGGGUGGGCGAGCGCGAGGGCCGCCUGGCCUGCCCGCUGGUGGCGCGGCGGCACUACGGCCUGGCGCACGGCAUCGGGCGCUCCGGCGACGUGGCGGCGGAGCAGCCCAAGGCCGCGGGCAGCAGCCUGCUGGCGGCGCUCACGGCGGCACUGGCGGGAGACGCGCUGCGGAUAGCGGGCAUGACGGGCGUGGGCCCCGUGACGGUGUUGCCUCUGGCCACCGGCAUGUCCCUCACCCUCACACUGCUGGCGCUGCGGGGUGAGCGCCGGGCCGAGCUGGCCAGGGAGGACGCCGCAGCAGCCGCAGCGGCGGAGGCUGCAGGUGCAGCGGCGGCCGCAGUCGCAGAGGUGCCUGCAGCGGAGGCACCAAUAGCAGCAGCGGAAUCAGCGGGGACACAGGCAGCGACAUCAGCAGCUAAUGGGGUGGCUGCGGGAAGCGGGGCACAGGCGGACGGCGGGGCGGGGCUGCCGGCUGCGGACCCGGACGUGGUGGUGUGGAGCCGUGUGGACCAGAAGACCUGCCUCAAGGCGGUCACGGCGGCGGGCCUGACGCCGCACGUGGUGCAGCUGCGGCGCCAGGGCGACCAGCUGGUCACGGACAUGGAGGCGCUGGCCGCGGCGCUGCAGCACUACGGCCGCCGCCGCGUGCUGGCCGUGGUCACCACCACCUCCUGCUUCGCGCCGCGGGCCCCCGAUGACGUGGUGGGCGUGGCGAGGCUGUGCGCGGGCGCGGGCGUGCCGCACGUGGUCAACAACGCCUACGGCGUGCAGGCGCGCGACACGUGCCGCCUGCUGACGUCGGCGUGGAACAAAGGCCGCGUGGAUGCCGUGGUGCAGAGCACGGACAAGAACUUCAUGGUGCCUGUGGGCGGCUCGCUGGUGGCGGCGCCGGCGGGGCGGCCGGGGCUGGUGGCGGCGGUGAACGGCACGUACCCGGGGCGUGCGGCGGUGGCGGCGCAUCUGGACCUGCUCAUGACGCUGCUGCACUGGGGCGCGGCGGGAUGGCGCAAGGUGCUGCAUCAGCGCGAGGAGGUGCUGCCCUACCUGCGCCAGCAGCUCACGGCGCUGGCGGCGCGGCACGGCGAGCGGCUGCUGGACACGCCCGGCAACCCCAUCAGCACCGCCCUCACACUGGACACGCUGGUAGCGGCCUCCGCAGCCGCCAAGCAGCGAGCAGCGGAGGCCACUGCAGCUGCGGCUGCGGCUGCGGUUGCAGCAGCUGCGCCCGUUGCAGUGGAGGCAGGACAGGAGGGCAUGGCGGGUGCGGCGAGUGGAUUGAAUGGCGUGGCGGGCAAGAAGGCCGGCACGUCGGCUGCGGCGCCGGAUGUGACGUUCUUCGGGUCCAUGCUGUGGCAGCGGUGCGUGUCCGGCACGCGCGUGGUGGCGCCCGGCAAGACGCAGAGCGUGGGCGGCGUGGCCUUCCGCAACUACGGCUCCCACGUGGAGGAGCCCUUCCCGCACACCUACAUGACGGCGGCGGCGGCGCUGGGCACCACUCGCGAGGACGUGGACGAGCUGGUGGUGCGGCUGGACAAGUGCUUUACGGAGUUCAAGAAGAAGUGCGGCGGGGUGUGAGACUUUGGGGUUUGGAGCUGUUGCUGAUGCCGUACAGGAAGGAGUAAUGAUGGGAUGGCUGUCGGGGAGCCCAGCGCAAAGGCAUCAAGACUUUGGCAUGGGACCCCAAGGGCGCAGUGGCGUCAGGAUGCCACGUAUGUUUUGUGGGGGCCGCACGCGCGGACGCAGGGCUGUGAGCAAGUUGACUAUGUUGGUACAAACUCCGGCCUCCGACUUAUUUGCAUGGGCACAGCAAGUACGGUGACAGGGAUGGCGGUACCAAAUAUGUCGCCUGUCGUAUGUCACACGUUGGCAUGACAGGUUGGAGCGAGAGGGGGAUCGGUUAGUCUGGAUACUUGUGUAGUUGGCAGCUUUUAUCCAUGGCGCGGCAUUCACGAAAAUGCAGGGCGACUGGGCGAAGCGGGGGCAAGCCUGGCAAGUAUUCAACGCGUUUGGCAGUGGUCAGUCGUUGACGGUGUUUUUGGCAGUGGGUGUGGGGCGGGUGUGGGCGUGGGUGUGGGCGUGGGUGUGGGCGUGGGUGUGGGAGCUGGUGUGGGUUAAAGGGGACCAACCU